AUGACGCACCCAACCGCCGCCAGGAAGGGGAGGCGGCCCCACUUCUUCAAGGUCUUCUUCGCCGACUGCAGCUCCAAGCGACUGGUACGUCCGCUCUCUCUCUCUCUCUCUCUCUCUCUUCUCGAUCAUGUCCUUCUUGCUGGCGGGCCUUAUGGGGACACCGAUGGCCGCCUGAGACUGUUCUCUUCCGCCUUCUAGGAUCCGCAGGAGGGGAUGGAAACCUUCGGGAUUGGCUGGAUGUUGAGACUCCCCAUUCUUCUUCGUGUACUUCGUUCUAUUUCUCUCUGUUAAAAGGAUUUGAGCAUUGGCUUGAUAGUACGGCGAUCCCUGACCUUGGGUAGGAUCAUCGCUUUGACCAGAUGCUCGUGAUACCCGAGGAGGCCCAGUCUUCCCAAGUCGUUAAUCUCCUGUGCUUUGCAACUCGUAGGCGAUUCCUGCUGGUUUCUGCAACCACAUCGAGCCCGACAUCCAUCGCCGCAUUUGUCUGAGAGGGCCCAGCGGGAACGCAUGGAGCGUAGACUUGGUAAGGGACGGAUGCGGCAGCGUCUUUUUCCAGAGCGGCUGGGAAGAAUUCGUCUCCGACCACGACCUCAACACCGGCGAUUUCCUGGUCUUCCAAUACGACGGCGGCCGGGGCUUCACUGUACUGGUCUUCGACCCUACGGCCUGCGAGAAGGAGGAGUCCUUCCACGUGAUUCCACGCGCCGAGGUGGUAAUUCUUGGGGAGUCUCACAAGAGGCGGCGGCGCUCAGAGAAGGAAGGAGUCAUCGUCGAUGCAGAGAUUGUUGAGACGGCUCCCCCUGUGAAACUCGCGCCAGCGAAGUUCAACAGCUCUUGCAGGGGGUGUUUCUCCAACCAACCUUGCGCCGACUGCGGCGGCUCGGGUAGAGGGGACCUAGGUCGGUCCUUCAACUCGCCUUCUGCUUGCUCCUCCUCAUUUGGUUCUCUUGGAUCUGAAUCCUCCGAGUUCUGAACAUCUGGCCAUUUUUUUUCAGACCCCACAGCACCGGAAAUUGGAGCCUCCCCAUUAAUGGGCGAUCAUCCUCAAUAUGGGAUCUGCGUGGUGAAAGAAGAGCUCCAGAGUGAUGAAGGUCCAUUGCCGCUAGCUCCGUGACCACAUCAAUUUCUGUCCUAAAAGGGAAGGUAAUUCUCUUAGUCGCAGCUGCCUGCUCUGCACCUAAUUAGGAAUCUGGGGUGGAUACAGAUACAAGCAAUCCAUGUGCUAGAGACUUGAAGCCAAGGCAGAGGAGGAAUGGCUGGAGGAAGCAUACCCAGAAGAAGAGGAAGAAACCAGAAGGAUCAACAGAUGAGCUGGGUAGGAGAGCAAAUAAGCAAUCCUCCUGUGAGCAUCCUACCAGUCUGGGCAGCUCGAGCGUGGAUGAUGGUGAGCUCCACCCCAGAGGUUUGGAGUGAGAGCAAUCAUAUAUUGAGUAAGGAGUUUUCAGUUCCAAAUUAUCUGACCGUUUGAUGCUUCCAGUGAGGAUCAAGUCGCGUUUGGGGUCUGUAAUCUCACGCAGAAGAAGUAUAACCGAGGAGGAGAAGGCAAGAACCCUAGAAUUGGCAAUGUCUUUCCGGUCAAAGCGUCCCUUUGGCAUCUCCGUGAUGCGGGAUUCGAAUGUAUAUCAUGGGUAUUACAUGGUGAAUUUUUUUCCCCUGCAAUUGCAAUUCCUUGUGGAUUUCUUCUCUUCUAUAGAUUGGGUUCUUGGAUUUCCAAUACAGUUUUUCCUUCUAAUUUUAUCUGUUCAUCAUGUUCUGGGAAUUUUCAGCCUGAUUUCAUCUUGAACCCUGUCAUUCAUGGAAGAUUGUAUGUGCCUGGACAGGUCUUUUUUGCCAUAUAUAUCAUCCCCUGGCCAGUGUGUGUUAUUUUGGCCCAAUCUCUCAUUUUUAUGUAUCAUCAAGUGGAGAAAAUUCGUCUCCUCAGUAUCUUACGUAGACCUUGUUUUGUCUGAAAUUCAUGGGUCUUUGGUUGGGUGCGUGCAGGGCCUCCCAAGCUCGCUGGUGAAGCAUCUCCCAAGGGCCAGCAGGACAAUCAGGCUUCGAGGCCCCUUUGAGGAGGUGUGGGCGGUCGUGUAUAUUCACUACGAGGGCCGUGGCGGAUUCAGCACCGGCUGGGGGAAGUUUGCCAGCACCCACAAUCUCGAGAGUGAUGACGUCCUGGUCUUUGAGCUCUCUAGGCCGCUCGAGGUGAGGGUUCACAUCUACAGGGUGGUCGAGCAGGUCUCUCAUGCUUACCACUGA